AUGAGGAGAGCGCGGCGCAACGCGAGGCGGACGCUCGGCUCGCUCGGCGCGCGAUUAAAAAUGCAGGCGGCGGCGGGCGGGAGCGGGAGGCGGGCGGGGCCGCGGCGGGCGGCGAUUGGCGCGCGCGAGACGGGCGGUGCCGCGCGCGGGGGGACCGGCGGGCCGCAGCCGCCGCCGCCCGGCGCUCGGCCACCUCACAACGCACGUAGCCGCCGCGCAGCACGCACCUGCGACACGCUAACCGACGCGCUCCGCCGCGAGUCCAUG